GGUUUAUUUGCUUCCGAUGUCUGGAGUUUGUUUCGAAGGGACUUCGGGUUGAAGCUGUAGAGAAAGCAGGCUGUUCCGAUGCAGUGAUGGCGUUGGAUGGAAAGCCUUGGUGGUGUUGCGUGUGAUGGCAAGGGUUUGAUUGAAGGUGUGAUUGAGGUCGGCGUGCUUAGUGGUGUUGUUUCGCUGAAGGGAGAGAGCAUUUGGCGGGGUUUGGUUUGGUUUGGUUCGCGCGUUAGAGAGAUACCACUUCGUGCGGUGGUUGAAUUUGGCGAUGUGAAACUGUGUGAAGUUAGGAGAUGCGGAGAAGAUGAGAAAUAAGGAGUGGAUGUGUGCAAUGCAACAAUUGUGAAUUCGCGAGGAUCAAACGGAUCUCUUAACUUAUGGUAGGGGAAUUUGAUUGCUAGUGGAUUAGGGUUCCUUUCUCCGUUGGGGAUGCAUUCUGUGGACAAGUGAUACUUGGUUGGGCAACGCGUGAGGGAAUUUUUGGAUUCCGGAAGAUCGUCUUGGCAAUUUUGAAGCAGAGUGAAGGAAUUGCUGAUAUGGUGAAAUUAGGGCGUUACGCCGCGCUUAGCGCUGGGGGCGCGGUGGCCGUCAUUAUUCAUGCAUUUAGGAGUAGAGAGCAGUUCUAUCCCGCAAUGUUGUAUCUGGCAACCUCGAAGAUCAACCUAGUUCUUCUUCUCAACAUGGCUCUGGUAGUUAUGUGCAUGAUCUGGCAAGCGAUUAAGACCUUGUUCCUUGGAAGCUUGCGGGAAGCGGAGGUGGAGCGCUUAAAUGAGCAAUUGUGGCGUGAGGUUAUGGAAAUUCUGUUUGCCAUGACCAUUUUCAGGGAGGAAUUUAAUGUGAUUUUUGUGGCUAUGAUCACUGUACUGUUGUUUAUCAAGGCUUUUCAUUGGCUUUCGCAAACACGAGUGGAGUACAUUGAAACCACUCCGUCUGUAUCGAGACUUUCACAUUUUCGAAUAAUCACAUUCAUGGCAUUUCUGCUAUCUCUCGACCUUUUAUUUCUCCAAUUCUCUGUCUCGCACCUUCUGCGCACGCGAAAAGCAUCGGUAUCCCUCUUUUUUGCAUUUGAGUAUGUAAUUUUGGCAACAUCUACGAUAGCAACUUUCCUGAAAUAUGUUCUAUCGGUGGGAGACAUGGUGAUGGAGGGCCAGUGGGACAAUAAAGCUGUAUACAUCUUCUACAUAGAGCUUGUGCGAGACCUGCUGCAUCUGUCUCUAUAUUUGUUCUUCUUUCUUGUGAUAUUUAUUCAUUAUGGUCUUCCUCUGCACCUCGUGCGGGAGCUUUAUGAGACUUUUAGAAAUUUUAAAGCUCGAGUUGCUGAUUUUAUACGAUACCGAAAAAUUACCUCCAACAUGAAUGAUCGAUUCCCUGAUGCGACCGAGGAAGAACUUGGACGUGAUGCGACGUGCAUAAUAUGUCGAGAGGAGAUGUCUGCCGCCAAAAAGCUACCGUGUGGACACUUUUUUCAUGUUCAUUGUUUACGAUCUUGGCUUGAGCGGCAGCAGACUUGUCCCACCUGUCGAGCGCCUGUUUUUGCUUCUGAAAGUGCCCCUGCAAAUGCAGCGGAUGCUCCAGUAGCUCAUCAACAAGAUCCUCAGCAAGACCAACCACAAGGUGGAGGGCAAGGUGCUCCUCCUGAUAGGCGUCCUUUCCAAGCACAAGGCCUAGUUCAGUGGCCAGGAACUGGUACAGCGGCUUACAUGCGACAUCCACUGUACAUGCAAGCUUCUGUAUCUGCCAAUAAUCAGCCCCACCCAGCAGUCACGUGUCUUGCUGUGCAGCCUGGUAACGUGGCAUGGUAUCCAGCAUAUAUGCGGAUGAUUCCCCAGGGGAAUUUUCCCGGUGCCUCCCAAGGUAACAAUUCUGGUAAUGAAGCUGGGCCAAGCGGCUCUACUGCAGCACCACCGAGGGCAAACACUUCUGCACAGUGCUAUCAGAUGCCUGCGUAUGGAUGCAUUCCUUUGGCAGGUUUUAUUCUUCAGCAACAAACUCAAGGUGCUCAAGUUACGUCUACUUAUGGAGAUUCAGAACGUCAAACUGGACCAAACACAAGGAAUACUACCCCUCCAUCAGUGCUUCAGAUUCAACUGAGUCAAAUAGAGCAGUACAUUGAGGUUAUGCAGAAGCAGUUGCAGUCAGCUAUACAACUGCAACGUCAAUUGAGGAGCAUGAACACAGAGACUCAUGUUACUACCGCUUCGGGGUCUUCACAGGAAGGAAGCAUUGAAAAUUUAUCUGCACCUACCCGCGACAGGCUUGAUACAAAAGGAAAGUCGCCUAUUAGCAGUAAAGAUGAGGAAAGCAUACUAUCAUCUUUUGAUGGUGUGCCUCCGAACACACAGACUCAUGAUCUGACUUCUCUUCUCACUGCACAAGAACAAGGUCUGGUUACCUCUCCUCCUGCCCCUGAGGAGUACGGCAUUGCAUCUGGGAAGGACACGUCAACUGAUGAACACGAUGAUGCAAGGCAAGGUGAUCAUGGUAAGUCAUGAUCUUCGUUCAAUUUGUCUAUAUGUCACGGUCCAUCCGCAGCCCCCUUUGAAGGCUAUCAGCCUCUAUCCCUCAAGCACUAUCCGGCACUGGGCACACGAUCUGGACCUUUGAAGUGUUUCAAUUUACCCUUCAUCAGCGGCUUCGUCUAGCUUAGGACGCUCUUCUCAGUAUUAGUCUCAAACUAUGGUGGUUUCCACCGUUUGGUUUUUAAAUAUAUGGAAAUUUCUAUUCCUUUGUAUGUAAGUGUUACUUUUUUCCUUUCAAAUCGUGAGAUCCCUCACUGUAUUGGUCUGAGACCAGGCUUAACGCCACUCUGUAUAUUCCUGCUAGUAAUUCAGGUAACUUUCUGGGGUGGGUUUCUUAUUCUUCAGCCCUGAGGAGCGCUUCAAAAUAUGAUCAGGCUCAGUGGCAUGUGUCAAGUGAACUUUAUCAAGGAGGAACCCAAUACUUUAAAUGGGUCAAAUCUAGUCUUGAAUGCU